CAUGAUAGCUUGAAAUCGGGCUAUAAUUGUAGAAUCGAGGGGUCGCUGCUGUUUUCACGAAUUGAGAAUUAUUGUGUCAACUACACGUUUCACGGCUUUGGUAAAUUGAACGAGAGAACGUGUGGAUACACAGCCCACUACAGGCCAUGCUUAGUCAGCCUGUUAAUCUCUUCAAGCCUCAGUACUCAAGUACUUGACUCAAUCAAACACCUAGAAACCCUCAUAAUCAAGCCAAACAUAAAUGUCUUCGGAACACAAUGUUCAAGGGCUGGAUGAACCCAAUCAGGCAGCUCCACGGUCUGCGCCUACUGGAUUCGGAGGGGUAAAAGUAGAUGAUGCCGUAAGAGACUUGAUCACCUCGUAUCAUUCCUUCAAUUCUACCACCAUCGAUGAGCUUUCAGAGGAACCUUCGGCAUUGGAGUUUAUGCGAUAUGUAUCCCGCAAUCGCCCUUUCGUAGUCCGUAAAGGAGCUGAAAACUGGAAAGCGCGACAAAAAUGGAACGCAGCCUAUCUGUCGGGCGUGUUGAAAGACCAAAGCGUGAAUGUGGCCAUCACGCCCUACGGUAACGCCGACUCUGUCAUCGAACUGCCCGAUCCUAGUCAGGACCCGAAAACGAAGAACAUGAUCUUUGUCAAGCCCUACGAAACCAUGCUCCCAUUUACCACUGUCAUGGAGCAGAUACAAGAGCAAGAACUUGCUUCCCUGGCACCAUCUGCGCAUUCAAAUGCAGCGCCAGUGACACGGUACCUCCAAACCCAAAACGACAAUCUACGCAACGAAUAUACCACCAUAUUCUCGGAUGUUCCAGAAUCCGUACCGUUUGCCCGCAUCGCGCUCGCUCAAGACCCAGAUGCCAUCAACUUUUGGCUCGGCAACUCGCAUUCUACGACUGCGCUGCACAAGGACAAUUACGAGAAUGUCUAUGUACAGAUUCUAGGGAAGAAGCACUUUGUACUCCUGCCGCACGUUGAAGCGGCUUGCGUAGGGGAAAAGAGCGUGUUGGCUGCUACCUAUGAGAUUCGGAAAAUUCAUGGCAAUGGUACCAUCAGUGGAGAUGAUUCUGUAGUACGAAGCGGCGACAUGACAGCCGUCAUUGAUGAUCCAGUAGAAUAUGUGCCAUUUGCGACAUGGGAUCCAGAUCAGCCAGAGCGCAACACAACUCCUUACUCGCAGUACUCACAGCCGUUGAGAGUCACUCUCAAUGAAGGCGAUAUGCUGUAUCUGCCUGCACUGUGGUAUCAUAAAGUAUCGCAGUCAUGCUCGGAAGAAGGCAUAUGCUGUGCGGUGAACUAUUGGUAUGAUUUGGAUUUCAGUGGAGGAUUCUGGAGCACUGCAAACUUUGUGCGGGGUGUGGGUUUGUUGACUAUGAAUGAGCGAGAGUGCGAGAAUCAUGGUGUUGGCGAGAAUGAAGACUAA